CGCGAUAACUGGUCGCUCUCUUCGCUCUCGUAUUUGCACUUGUAUUUUAUUUAAUCUCGUUCAAACGAAAUUUGAUGAUAAUGAUAAAGCGCCGAGAAGCCGAUAGACAUCAAUUCUUUCUCUAAUCGAAAGCGAUGAUUGACGGUUUGUAAAUCAAAUGCGAGAAAUGUCGGGAGUCAAAAUUUCCGAACAAAAUGGCAAAGUGGAACUCAAGCGAGAGCUGGGACUGUUCUCGGCGGUCAAUUUCAUCUUGGCCAUCAUGAUAGGAUCCGGAAUAUUCGUAUCACCCGCAUCGGCACUCAAAUAUUCCGGCUCGGUGGGCAUGUGUCUGGUGGUUUGGACCUCCUGCGGCUUGAUAUCGUUGCUAGGCGCCCUAGCCUACUCGGAAUUGGGCACGCUCGUGCCCCGCUCGGGCUCCGAAUACGCCUACUUCAUCGAUUCGUUCGGACCGUUGCACAAGUUCUGGGGCCACCUUCCGGCCUUCAUCUACUCCUGGAUCAUGAUCAUGGUGAUCAGACCGGCGGAGAUCGCCAUUCUGACGUUGACCUUUUCGCAGUACUUCUGCGAACCGCUGCUCGACGUCUUCUGCAUCAGAGACAAUCCGGCUGUAAAGGAAAACGUUAUCAAACUCAUCGCACUCGUUGCCUUAGGCGUGACCACUUACAUAAACGUGAGCAGCGUGAAGUUGUACGUAAAGGUCCAGAACAUAUUCGGUUCCUGCAAGAUUGUGGCCUGUCUCAUCGUGAUAUUCUGCGGCAUUUACCGGAUAGCCCAAGGGAACAACGAGCACCUAUCUAGGGGAUUCCAAGACACAACCACGUCCCCCAGGGACCUCGCGAUGGCCUUCUACAGCGGUUUGUGGGCCUUCGACGGUUGGUCAUCGGUCACGGUGGUCACCGAAGAACUGAAGAAACCCGAAGUCAAUAUACCGAGAAGCAUUUACAUAGCGGUACCGUUGGUGACCACUUUGUACGUGUUCAUGAACGUGUCUUAUAUGGCGGUGUUGAGUUACGAUGAGCUGGUGAGCGCCCCGGCGGUCGCCGUCGUCUUCGGCGAAAGGAUUUUGGGCUCGUUUUCCACGAUCAUUCCCGUCGGCGUCGCGCUCAGCACCUUCGGCUGCGCCCUCAGCCUGCAAUUCGGCGUCACCAGAUUGUGCUACGUCUCGGGCCAGGACGGUUUCAUGUUGGAGAGCCUGUCGUACGUGCACUAUACGAAGAUGACGCCAUCGCCGGCCGUUAUACUGCAAGGGUUCAUUUCGUUCGUGUUUAUUUCGACCGGUGAGAUAUUGGAGCUCAUCGAGUUCGCCAGUUUUUUGAUUUGGUUCUUCUACGGGCUCGCUAUGGUGUCGUUGAUCGUCAUGAGGAGGACCAUGAAGGACGCCAAACGGCCUUAUAAAGUUCCGAUAUUUAUUCCAGUUUUGAUAUUACUAGUCGCUUUGUAUCUGAGCAUAAUACCGAUCGUACUGGAACCGACGCCCAAAUAUCUAAUGGCUUUGGGAUUCAUGCUUAUUGGAUUUCUGAUUUAUUAUUGGUGCAUUUACAAGAACAAACGACCCACAUCGUUUUUAAAUAACGUCACCUACUAUGUUCAAUUACUACUGCAAGUCGUUCCACCUGAAAGGGAUUGAACUCGACUCGCCAAAUCGAAGGCUCGUUAUUAAAUUAUUGUAUAAUUUAUUUGAAUAAAAAUGCUGAAAGCAUCAAAAC